AUGCCGGCUGUUGUUUGUCAGCACGAACUUGUUAUUACUCCUGACGUGACCAUCUAUGAUGAGAAACCCUCCAACGAUACCGGAAGAAUAAAAAUAUUUCCUAAUAAAACAGUGAUAGUUGAAGCUAUUAUGGGCGAAAGUGUGAUAUGGCGCAGAGUAAGUUUUGAUGGCCUUGUCACAGAAACAAUCAACGACGGUUUAAUGUCGCGUGACAUGUCGAGGUGGAAAAUUGGUCAAGGGAAACAAACCAAUUCUGUAAGGCUGGAAAUUCUUGUGGUUGAUGAAACUUACGCUGGGUAUUAUACUUGCGAUUGCCAAUAUACUGGCUCUGUAGAACCGGCUAGAGCAGAGCGCAUUUUGAGUGUUGUUUCUAAAGCAAAGGUACUGCCAUUUCAUUCUUCCUACACAACAACGGUAACGGAGGGAGAUCGAAUGACAUUGCGCUGUCAAGCUGCUGGAAUUCCUCAGCCUGUUGUUUACUGGAGUCGUACAGGUGGUUCAAGCAGCUUGAUUCGCAACUAUGGGAUUAGUAAACCGGGAGAAACAAUUGACUUUUUAUCUGUACUGCCAGAGGAUGCAGGGGAGUAUAUGUGCACGGCCGAAAAUCGUUUGGGUGUAGACUACUGGCCCGUUAGGGUCGCAGUCCGACAUAAGCCCAAGAUUAAGAUAUACGUGACUGCACCCAUACCUCAAUCGCCAUGUAACAUUCACCUUUAUUGUGAGGUCUUGGCGAACCCAGCUUCAGAGGCGACAGAAAUAACUUGGAGUGUUGGUACAGCUUCAACCACGACUACAAUUACAUCAACUAGCCGAAGCCGAUUGGUCUAUUUGAACGGAGGAAAUACUCGAUUUUUGGUGGUAGCCUUUAAUCCAAUCACCGCCGCUGAUUUGAACCAAAGGUACACCUGCAUUGCCACAAAUAUCUUGGGCACGGUCACUUCAGACUUCAUCUUGAACGGUGAGGGAGGGCAAGUGAUAAAAAAUAACUUUAUGUUUUGCCUGGAACCGAAUAAAUGUUAG